UGCAACUUCAAGGCGUUUUGACCGAUUUUUUUUUUUUUUUUAGAAAACGUUUUAGACGAUUCAUGAAUUAUCAUUACAACCGUCACUGACUAUGACUUGUCAAAACGAGUCAAUGUGCGGAUCUACUAUAUAGCCACUGCACCUCCUUAUUAUUUAUUACCAUUGUUCGGUUUUGCGCGCAGCACUUCAAUAACGGCGCCGAGUUUUACUUGGCUUACAGUCGGAACUUUUCCCGUUCAGCUUCCGUUCCUCUUAGAACUUUUUUUUUUUUUUUUUUUUUAACUAAUCCUUCUUCUGCCGUGGAUCCAUCAUCGUUAGGACCCGAACAUGAAAAUGUGCUUGGUGGUCGAGGCUGCUGUGGCUCUUUAUUUUCUUCUCGCACCUGCACAGAGUCUACCCACAUUGAGCAUAAACAGUACAACUAAUGCACCCACAGUUUUGUUGUUCCAAGAAGUGUGGGCUCGAAGCUUGUGUCGAACCAUUGAGAAGCUGGUGGAGGUUGUGCAGGAGUACCCGUCAGAAGUGGAGCACAUCUACAGCCCUGCCUGUGUGCCUCUGGUGAGGUGUGCAGGCUGCUGUGGAGAUGAGAAGCUCGAGUGCCACCCCACUCUCACCACUAAUAUCACAAUACAGCUGCUGAAAAUUAGGCCAUCAGAGCUUGGCAAAGAAUAUGUUGAGAUGACCUUUGUGGAGCAUCAGACAUGUGAAUGUAGAGUCAAAAAACCUGCUGGGAAAGUUGAAAGGAAAAGGCAAAGAGGAAAAGGACGGAGGAGAAAGGAGAAGCAAAAAACUAAAGACUGUGACAGGUGCCAGAUCCCUCGAAGGUAACUGCAGCAGCCAGCCAAAGCCCUGCUGCAGUGUGGCUCGCUUAUUUCCAGUCCAGUGACAGCAUCAAGUGUCUCUUUUCGCUCUUCUUUAAACGCUGAGUGUACAUCAGGAGACUCCAAACAGCUGGGUUGCCCAUCUGGUGAUGACCGCAGUGUUUGUGAUGACAAGGUUCAACAGAAAUGUGCUUUCAUUGGUGGAAAGCCUGCUGUUACACAGUUGACACAAUGGGCACACACCUGGGAGCCAAGUGCAAUGUAGGACCAAACAGACUGAUUACACUAGUUAUCACUGUAUCAGGUAUGGUAAUUGUUACAUUUCUAUGGUAUUUAAAGUUUGUUACUCGUGUUUAAUAUCUAUAUUUAUUGACAGAAACACCAGGAUAAAAACGGACCAAUAAUAUUUUGUCCAAACCUGCUUUGACUCAUAACUGAGUUCUCAGUGAAAUGUCUCCCUCCAGUGUCUGUAAGAACAAACACAUUCCAGUAUUGAUGUUUGAGAUGUAUACCCACAGAUAUAAAUAGGUAGAUACGACACGCCCCUUUUGAGCUGCGCGCAUACGGCGAUGCUAAACCAGUCGCCGGCGCAUUCCAUGUGUGCGGACUGCAAGAAAACCAAAAGACCAAGGAUGUCGGUGCAUUGUGCUGCAUACGGUUGCGUACAAGUUGUACGGCGCCAUACAAUUACGACAAGGGAACUGGGAGUAACCUUACACAUGUGAAAUAAAGAAAAUGUUUUGGGUUUUAUUUUUCCAAAUGUUAUAUUUUCAUAUCAUACCCUUUGUUGACAAUAAAAAAAAGUAAACCUCAUGAAAAUCAGUGAAGCAAUGAGCAAGUUAGGCUUUAAUUUCAAUGUCCAUGCAUUGCUUUUGAUGGGAUUGUCGACCUCUCCAACAUGGCCACCACAGUAGCACGUCAGUUAGCUGGAUGCUACAGGCCCUGGUGUAUCACGUCUUCAUAUCUACAGUAUGUGCACAACAGUCAUCCACGUGCUGAUGAUGAACCUUCUCCUUUUGCAUCACAUUACUGGACACUGAAGAAGAAGAAGAAUCACGUUUUAUUGUCAUGAACAUGCAUGCAUGCAUGCACACGAAAUUUGUUCUCUGCAUUUUACCCAUCACAGUGAACACAAACACAUGUUAGUGGAACACACUGAACAUUGUACUUUUUGUUCUGACCAUGAGAGAAGUAUUCAUCAAUGCACCGAACCGAUGUC